AAACACAUAGAGAAGACGGAUAAGGAUGGGAAAUUGCUGAAGUUCACGAUUCAAGAGAUACCCGAGGACCGGUACGAGGACGCGAUUGAACAUAUGUGCACGUACUUCUUAGCUGAUGAACCGACCUGUAAUUGUUUUAAUGCAAAAAACGAUCCUUUAUUUGUACAAGACAUAAGCACGAUAUGGCGUUUAAUACUCACGCAAGGCAUAUCUAUAGCCGCGUUCAUCGACAAUCCUGAUGGUGGAAAACCCAUAAUUGCUGGUAUGAAC